UUACGGCGAGUCCGAGUCCUAUCUAUACGCUGAUGAACCAAUGGCCGAACAAGCAUGGUAUGAAGACUACGUGGAAAAGUCAAAUGAACAUAAAAAGCAACUUGAAAUGCUACAAAAAAGACUUGAUCACACAGUUGAGUUGAGUUCUUGGUGCAAGUGUAGUUUUUGUCAAGUUACACUUCUUCAGAAUCCUCUAGAGGCCUGGUGCUGCCAAGAACUUAAGUCUGUAGCUGAAAGCUUGACUCACCAGUCGGUUCUGGCAGAUAUGUCAACUAUUCCAUGUUGUGUCACUCUACACCCAGGUUUCAGACCAGUUUGUUUGGAAAAGUGGUCGCUAAAAAUGGCUGCUAUGAAAUACAAAACCAGAGAACAAAGACGAUACAGAGAAACAGGAUCUGAAAACAUGUUUUUACGAUGUGUUGCAUACAGAGAGUUCACAUCUAUGAUUUAUGGAUGCUUAGGAGAAGAAAGAAGACCAUUACCUGCAUGUGCAUACCAUGCAAUAAGAUCAAAAUUUAAUGAUAAAAAGUUGGAAUAUAGAGGGUACGAAGAAAAUAAAAUAAAUGAGUGAUGUGAAAAUUAAGUUUUCCUAUUU